CACACAUUUUCCCUGCCUCCUUGUUUACUGCUCGGGUCAAUCUGAACUCUUCCUCUCUCCGUCUCUCUGUCUCAGCAGGAGGGCAGACAAGGGGGAGGAGGAGGAGGUGGAGGGGGAGGAAGAGGAGGAGGUGGUGCGCACUGCUGAGUAGUUUCCCAGUCGUCAUGACGACCUCACACCCCACCAUCUCCAGAGCUGUCUUCCUGUUGCCACGGUGACCUGAUCCCGUUCCAUCUCCGCUCCUCUUGAUGAUCCGGAUUGGGCUGACAGAGGAGAGCGAUCCCGGAACACCGUCCCAUUUUCCUGAAGACAGCUUGCGGAUGGGACAGUGGAUCACACGUAGGGACACGGCUCGGAUGACAGGAAGGCGCGGCGUGCUGGGAAUGCUGUGGGAGUAACACCGAACCGUUGCCUGGAAACAGCAGCAUGCCAAUACAACAGAUAACUGUGGUUCCGGCCAGGGAGACAGCCAGCAACGGCAAGAGCUCUACUCGCUCUAAAGACAAGACUGAGGGGAGGAAGGCCCCCGGGCGCUCAGGGAGUCGAUCCAGCAACAUCUCCAAGGCCAGCAACUCUACAACAGGACUGACUACAGCCUCAAGAACAUCAAUCACUCCGUCUUCUCAGGACAUAUGCAGUUCUACCCAGCUGACCCCUUUAGAGGAGGAUGUUUCUGAAUCGCACAAACACAACAAGCACACACAAAACUCUGUGAUGACUGUCACCAGCACAACUCUGGGCUCAUCAGCUCAGGCACAGAAGAAGCAGGUGAAGCGCCGCCACCGCCGCAAGAGGAACAGCUGCACCGGCUACGACUGCGUGGAAACCAACGGCAAACAGGAGCAGACCGACCGCAGCGAGCUCAGCUCUGACCGCAGCGAGCACGGGGAGAAGAGGGAGCGGUCUGUCAAGAACCGGAGAGAGCUCCCACCUCGCCUCCGCUGCUCAGGGGUCCCCCAGUCGGACUCCACCUCUGAGGAUGAGGCGUGGCGUGAGGCCCGCAGCUGGAGCAAAGAGAAAGCCCGAAGAGUGCGCCGCCGCAGCGGGAGCAGCCGAGAGAGGGAUGGAGUGAACGGGGGUAAAGGAGGGGAAGACAAGGUGCAGAUCAUGGAGCUGCAGUCUGUCGGCUCGGAUGAAGGGAAGGAGAACCAGCCUCUCGUGGAGGAGAGUGGAGGCCUUAAGAAGCGCCACAGCAGCAGGGCCUCAGCAAAGAGAGACGGCAACGUUUCACAGAGGGAAAGCUCACACAACAGAGACCAGGAGAAGGGCUACAAGUCAGGGGACAGUUCCUCACUGGCAGAGGACGCCGAGGAACUCAUCACCAAGAGAUACCAGGAGAAGGGGUCAGGGGGUGGGGACAUGUCAGUGCCCACACCACAGAAACACUGCAGUAUGAAUGGAGGCACAAUACGGCAAUGCUCUGAUGACUCUGAGAUGGAGGUCUGCAGGAUCUGCCACUGUGAGGGGGAUGACGAAUGCCCGUUGAUAAUGCCUUGUCGCUGCACGGGGAGCCUGAGUUUUGUCCACCAGGCAUGUCUCAACCAGUGGAUCAAAUCCUCAGACACUCGCUGCUGUGAGCUCUGCAAGUUUGACUUCAUCAUGGAGACGAAGCUAAAACCUUUACGCAAGUGGGAGAGGCUACACAUGUCGAAGGGCGAGAGGAGAAAGAUCUUCUGUUCAGUCUUGUUUCACCUGAUAGCAAUAGUGUGUAUGUUGUGGUCAGUCUACGUUCUGUUCAAGAGAACAGCGGAAGAGAUCAGACUUGGGAAGAACGACGAUUUUUGGAGAGUUUCUCUUCUCAAGUACAAUACGCCACAGGGUGUGCUGGAGUGGCCCUUCUGGACCAAGCUGAUUGUGGUGGCCAUCGGCUUCACAGGUGGCCUCAUCUUCAUGUACAUCCAGUGUAAAGUCUACCUGCAGCUGUGGCACCGCCUCAAGGCCUUCAACCGCAUCAUCACUGUGCAGAACUGCCCCGAGAAAGACCUGCACAACCCUCAGGCCCAGCUCAACGCCCUGACCAAUGGCAGGCACGAAACAGUGGAGGUUCCCGUCGCUCCGGCCCCCGUCCUGGCUCCAGACACACAGAUGGACUCGGACAUGUCGGUGGAGGCUGCAGUGGCUCCCGCACAAAACCCUGUCUGACUGAUUCUCUCCUCCCACUCAGAAAGAGUCCUUUAUCACACCCUGCUCAUCCAACAACACAAGAUGGUGUGAGCACUGUGUGAUUUAGACCCGUACAAAUUUUGUAGUGUUGUUUGUCUCAGCUCCUGUGAGUGCUGAUCUUGAGACACGAGACGGAUUUAAAGUCCUUCAGUGAUCGAGGAAAACUGAAAGGCUCAAGGGCUGCAGUGGCGUAAAUGUGCAAAGUAACGAAGAAUGUGGCAGGCCGGAAAAAAGGAGAAGAGAGGAGGUGAAGAGAUGUAAAGGAAAAUAAAGCCAUCAGCAAGAGAAGUUUGUAAAGACUGUAGUUAUGUGAUAUAUUGACAGUUUUAUUCCUGUAUGCACUUUCCCAAACUGCACUGACGUGAUUUGAAGGUGUGAACACCCUGUGGAUGCUAUUAAAGCUCUCAGUAUGCUUCAAAUGAACCUCAGAUGACACGUCUUACAGCCACGUCCUCAGGCAACAGUGUUAGUAGUUGUUUCCAAAUGGCCAGAGGCCUGCUGUCACGGAGAGGAGUGAGAUGAGAGGACUCAGACUCUCUCCUCAGAGGCAUUCCUGGUGUUGCACUCGGUUGUCUGGUUGUGCAAAAGAAAAAAAAGCUUGAAAGACAAGUUCACACCUCUGCACACCAGGAACUGUCACUGCGUCAAGGGGUGGUUAUUGUGGACGGUGAACGUGCGUGCGGUUCUAUUGUUACUACGUUGGUUGUCUGCAUAGAGGAAAAUGUUCACAAGUUUGGUGGCGCGGUCUCAUCACAUGGAGGUAAAAAGUAUGAGCUUAAACUGUCAGACAUAUAAGCACUUACACAAGGCCGAGACGUAUGCCAUGUCUUUAACCACCUGGAAGAUGCGAUGUUGAGCACUGGUUGCUGUUCUGGUGCCUACUUUGUGCCAACUCUCAAGGGCACGGAGGCAGGUUGCAUCUGAAGUUGCUAAGUGAUCGUAACCAGCGCUGUAUCACAGUGUACUUACCAGAAAUCCCAAGUUUGUUAGUCUUCAAUGCCGACACCCCAAGGUGAAGGAAACUGUUUUUUAAUUGUUUCCAUGACAUGUCUUCUCUCAGACUAGUGGGAAGAAAACGCCUCACAGCAAGAGGGUUGCUGAUUCAAGUCCUAGGUGGGGUGUUCGAAGUCCUUCUGUGUGGAAUUUGCAUGGUCUCUUAGUGUCAGUGUGGGUUUUCUCCGGGUACUCCGGCUUCUCCGGCUUCCUCCCACAGUCCAAAGACGUGGAGGUUAA